UUAACAGUGCUUACACAAGUGGAAGCGUGUAUGAAUUCCCGUCCUCUUUGUGCGAUGUCUAGUGAUCCAAACGACUUUAGUGCAUUGACUCCAGGUCAUUUUCUGAUUGGAGCCCCUUUGCUUGCCAUUCCGGAAUCUGACUUGAGUGAUGUGAAAUCUUCACGACUUAAACGUUGGUCUCUAGUUCAACAGACUGUGCAACAUUUUUGGAAACGAUGGUGUGCAGAAUAUUUAACAACACUUCAGCAACGUGCUAAGUGGUUUCGUGCGUCUCCAAAUCUAAAAUGUGGUGAUUUAGUUCUGAUCAAAAACGAACAACUGCCUCCAAACCAAUGGAAAAUUGGAAGAAUUGCCUUAAUUUAUCCAGGUAGUGAUAAAAAGGUUCGAGUGGCUACAAUCCAUACAGCCGCUGGUGAUUUCAAACGAGCUGUUACUAAAUUGUGUCUUAUCCCCAAUCAUGACUAAUAUGAACUAUGAACUAUUGACUUUUUUCAUAUUAUUGAACUUUAAUUUUAGUUAUAUUUUCAAUUAAUUUUUUUAAUGUUAUUAUGUAUGCUUUAAAUAUUUAUCUUUUUUGAACCCUUAGAAGGCUUCAAGGCCGAGGGCUAUGUUUAGUAUUUUUUGUUACCAAACGAAUUACUAGUGUGUCUUUGCAACAAUAGAUGGCGUUGCUGCCUGAUGA